AUGGGUUUUCUUGGUAUAAGUUUCCAAAGCCGACAGACACUAAACUCCAACAUCAUAAUAAUGAAUCCCUUCUUUCUACUGUCAUUACUCCUUUACCUUCCUUGUUGCAACUCACUUCACACCAUAACACAAAACCAACCUCUCAAAGACGGCGACGUUCUUGUCUCCCAAGGCAGAGCAACCUUUGCACUCGGUUUCUUCAGCCCUCAAAAUUCUCAAACCCGCUAUCUUGGGAUAUGGUUCAACAACAUCUCACAACAAACCGUUGUUUGGGUUGCCAACAGAGACACCCCUCUUAACACCACUUCAGGUCUUCUCUCCAUCAACAACCAUGGAAACCUCGUACUCCACGACCGUGACCCUCUUUGGUCCUCAAACGUUUCUCUCCCAUCUAUAUCUACCAACGCUUCAGCUAAGCUCUUAGACACGGGAAAUUUGGUUUUGACCAUCAACAACAACAACAGCGACCAAGUCUUGUGGCAGAGUUUUGAUUACCCUGGCAACACUUACCUUCCCUACAUGAAGCUUGGGUUCGACCGUAAAACUGGCUUGAACCGGUUUCUAACGUCAUGGAAAUCUCGGAACGACCCGGGAACCGGUAACGCGACAUACAGGAUGGACCGGACCGGGUUGCUGCCGCAACUAUUUCUAUACACGAACAAUGCUCCCUUGAUGCGGGUUGGGCCGUGGACGGGUCUAAGAUUGAGCGGGGCAGCGGAGAUGACUCAAGACUUCAUCUUCAGCUUCUUCUUCAUCGACGAUUCAAACGAGGUUUCAUCAAUCUACAGAGUGAACGACCCAAACCUGCUUUCGAUCUCUGUGCUGGAGGAAACCGGGUACCUAAGGAGAUUAGUAUGGCAAGCUCACGAGGGGAAGUGGUUCGAGCUCUGGAACGGUCCACGGGAAGAGUGUGACCACUACAGAAGGUGCGGGUCGAAUUCCAUUUGUAACCCUUAUCAUGAAGAGACGUUCUUGUGCGAGUGCUUGCCAGGAUUCGAACCCAAGUCGGAGAGAGAGUGGUAUCUGAAAGACGGGUCAAGUGGGUGCGUGAGGAAGGCCAACGUGUCCACGUGUCGAAGCGGGGAGGGGUUUGUGGAGUUGGCGCUUGUGAAGGCGCCGGAUACAUCCAAGGCCAGCGUGGAUUUGGGGCUGAGUAUGGAGGAGUGUAGGGAUACGUGCCUUAGGGAUUGUUCUUGUGCUGCCUAUACUAGUGCUAAUCAGAGCUCAAAUACCGGUUGUAUUACCUGGCAUGGAGAUAUGGAAGAUACUAGAAAGUUCUCCCAAGUCGGACAAACUUUGUUUCUACGUGUCGAUGCACUAGAAUUGGCUAAAUAUUCCAAGCACUACAAUGACCAUGCUUCUCUUGGCAAGAAAAAGAUGGCGCUUAUUUUAGCGCUUUCUAUUUCCUUCUUCAUGUUUUUGGUCGUCACAAUCCUCGUGUACUUUUUCAAGGUUAGGAAGCAAGUUGGUAGAAGAAGGAAUCACAAGCAUUCUUCCUUUCGUAUUCACGUUGAGGAGAAUCUACAAAAUUUUGACAACACAAAAGAUUCAGAUUUGCCACUACUAUUUGAUUUAAUCUCUAUCACUUCUGCAACUCACAAUUUUUCUCCUACUAACAAGCUUGGUCAAGGUGGAUUUGGUUCUGUAUAUAAGGGUUGCUUAAUUGAUGGAAGAGAAAUAGCAGUAAAACGAUUAUCCAAAAAUUCAGGUCAAGGAACCGAAGAAUUUAAAAAUGAAGUUACCUUAUUAGUGAAACUUCAACACAGAAAUCUUGUGAGACUAUUGGGUUGUUGCUUUGAGAAAGAAGAAAGAAUGUUGAUUUAUGAAUAUCUUCCGAACAAAAUUACUAAAAAGAAAUUGAAAUUCAAUGGUUCAUUUUCAGAUGAAACUCAAAGAUCAUUACUAAAUUGGGAUCAACGUUUUGAAAUUAUUUUUGGGAUUGCUCGAGGAAUAUUAUAUCUUCAUCAAGAUUCGAGACUAAAAAUAAUUCAUAGAGAUCUAAAGGCUAGCAAUGUUUUACUGGAUGCUGCAAUGAAUCCCAAAAUUUCAGAUUUUGGAAUGGCUAAAAUAUUUGGUGAAGAUCAAAUUCAAGCAAGAACAAGAAGAGUUGUUGGAACAUAUGGAUACAUGUCACCAGAAUAUGCAAUGGAAGGACAAUAUUCGACAAAAUCAGAUGUUUUUAGUUUUGGAGUUUUACUUUUAGAAAUUGUUGCCGGCAAGAGGAACACAGACCAUGAUCAAGGACGAUCCUCCCCAAAUUUAAUUGGAUACGUGUGGAUACUUUGGACAGAAGGAAAGGCCUUGGAUCUAGUAGAUUCAUCACUUGGGCAGUCUUAUCCUUCUGCUACAGUUUUGAGGUGCAUUCAAGUUGGACUAUUGUGCGUGCAAGAAAAUGUGAACAAUAGACCUUCCAUGUUAGAAGUUAUUGUCAUGCUAGGAAAUGAAGCACCCAUUCGCCAACCCCAAAAACCAGCAUUUUUAUUCAGCAACAACCGAGAGCUAGUGCAAGAGCCAUCAUCAAUAGUGGAAGAUGGAUCUUCAUCAGUAAACGAAAUAACAACAAGUACAAUCUUUGGCCGUUAAACAUGACUAUCCUUGGCUCCUUCAAAUGCAACGCAAGUUUAAUUUGAUGGUUAUUCUAUGGUUGUUUAAGCUGAUAAUUGAGAAACUCAGACUGUGUCAUAGUAGCUAGAAACUUUGUAACUACCACUAAUCCGAAUGAACUUUUCAUGUGACGAAAAGAACUAGAUUGAAGGUUCCCUUACGCGGCCAUUUAGUGAUCUCUAGGUACUAUAAAUGUAUUAUUGAUUGUUAA